CUAAAACAAGCGCUUUUUAAGGACAAUACUAGACAGACUAUUGACAUAAACUCUACUAGAUAGGGUAAAAAUUCCGAAAUUAGACAGCUUAAACAGCAAGGCAUGUCAACAUUCAAUAAGAUUUUAUCGUACUAGAGUCAAACUUAAUGCAACAUAAGCGUCGUUACUGAGAUUUGCUACCAACCAACGGUAACUGUCAUUCAACAUGUCAUUAUCUGUACUCUGUAUAUUGUGUAGACACUGUCAUAAAAUCCAAAAAAAAAAAUGUGUAGACACUACAACAAAGUAUACUGUGUAAAUUCAUUAAUUCAAUAGAACCUGCAAUAUACAAGUUAUUGGUUAGAAAUUUUUAUUAAAAUCUUUUAGAAAUGGAAAAUUUUUCAGAUGUUGAGAAAAUUGGCGAGGGAACAUAUGGUGUAGUGUACAAAGCUAAACAUAAUGUAACGGGAAAAGAAAUUGCCCUAAAGAAGAUAAAACUUGAAAAUGAGCCAGAGGGUGUACCAUCAACAGCAUUGCGUGAGAUCUCUGUGCUGCGGGAGCUAAAGCACCCAAGUGUGGUGCAGCUUUUAGAUGUUUUGCUUGCUGACACCAAACUCUUCCUUGUAUUUGAGUUUAUGCACAUGGACCUAAAAAAACUUAUGGAGCUGUCUAAAGGCCCUCUGCGGUUGGAUCUAGUCAAGAGUUAUGUGCGCCAGUUGGCUGAAGGUGUGGCAUAUUGUCACGCACGUCGAGUGCUCCACCGCGAUCUCAAACCCCAGAAUCUAUUGGUGGAUUCAGAGGGCCGCAUAAAACUGGCGGACUUUGGCCUGGCGCGUGCCUUUGCCAUUCCUGUCCGUGCCUUCACACAUGAGGUAGUUACACUUUGGUACCGAGCUCCAGAGAUUCUUCUUGGCGCGAAGUUCUACUCCACUGCAGUUGACAUCUGGAGUCUUGCAUGUAUAUUUGCAGAGAUGGCAAGUGGGCGCACACUAUUUCCAGGUGACAGUGAAAUUGAUCAACUUUUCCGGGUAUUCCGAGCAUUAGGGACACCGGGUGAUGAUGUGUGGGCGGGCGCGCGAUUACUACCUGAUUACCGGGCUUCUUUCCCACGCUGGCCAUCAAAGUCUGCACGCUUAUUACUGCCAGCUACAGUUAGAGCGCACCCAGCAGCUGCUGACCUGUUUGAAGCCAUGCUGCGAUAUGAUCCAAGUGAACGUCUUCCAGCUCGAGCUGCCCUGCAACAUCCCUUCUUGGCAGACGCGCGCCGUACGCCACCUGACCUUGUGCCAUCUUCCCCACCACUUUCCUCAUGAGUACUUAUUGAAGGUUGCUAAUUUUAAGGCAUGGUAUCAAGUAGAGGCGUAAGCGUAUAGUGGUUUUGUAAUUAUGUGCAAUUAUAGCUAAAGUUGCAGCUACCUAGGUCUGGUCACCUUAUUGGAAGCUGAAGAUGACUCUCCCCCCUUUACCAAAUACAUAUAUCAAGGAGUAUAUGAACUUGACAGAUGCUGUUAAGCACAGUUCUUUGUGUUUAGGCUUUGUGAAGUACCAAGAUUGUGAUAAAAGUAUAGGUUAAUUUAUGUUUGACUGAUAUAUUAAGGCCAUACUUGAGAGUUGUUUGUGUAAUUUAUAUCUAAGAGUAUAUUAAUAAUUUUGUAUUAUAUAUUUAGAUAUACGAGUUUACUCAUGGCGUAAAUAAAUGUAUAAUCUUAAUUAACAACUCUGAGUACAGGUAAAAGACUAUUAAAGUUUUAUUUUAUUUA